CCUAGCUGCCUGUCUCUAAGGCAUACUUCCCUUGGCGUUACUUCAUCAUUGAGUGCUGACUUCAAGGCUACCUCAAGAUGAAAAUCCUAUUUCUGUUGGGGCUUAUUUUUAUGAUUUCUGCUUCUAAAGCUUUUCCACAACAAAGGAAUGUUCAAGAGGCAGACGCUAAAGUAACAGCUCCUGCUGCAGCUCCUCAGGUCCAGCCUCUUUCUCCGCCUGUACAGCAACAACAAGCUGAGCAAGAAGAUAAGAAAGAAGAGAGCAAUGAUGACGAAACCAAUGACGAUGAAAGCGAAGAAGAAUCACAAACACUAAGCAAGCAGAAAGGUGACGCUGGGAAGGCGACAGAAUCAGCUGCAGAAACAGUUGCAACAGCCUCGCAGUCGCCACAAGAACAGAAUCCAACCGAGGCUGGUGAGGAAGACAAUAAAGAAGCAGAUCCAAAAGAAGACAACAAUCAGGAAGAAGAAGAAAAGGAAGAUGACAAGAAAGAAGAAGAAAAGACAGCUUAUGACAAAAAGAAACAAAAAGGAUGUAAGAAUGGCAAAAAAUUGAAACCGCAGGGGAUUGUAAUUCUCCCACCAAUUGUUAUCGGAAAACUUCCAAUGCCAAACAAGGAAGACAUGAAGAAAGAUUGUGAAGAAGAAAAGGACGAAAAAGAAAAGGAAAAAGAAAAGGAAAAAGAAAAGGAAAAAGAAAAGGAGAGAGAAAAAGAGAAUGAGGAAGAAGUGGAGAAAGAAGAAGAGGCAGAGGAAACAAAAAUCAGGAAACCUACACAAAAGGGGCAGGAAGCUCCGGUAGCGGUGCCGGUUGAAAAGAAACCAGAAAUAGACCAAAAAAAGCCAAUGGAUACAGAUCAAGAAGAAUCUGCUGACAAAGAAGAAAAAGAGAAGGAAGAAGAAACAGAGGAAACAGAUCUAGAAACUGAUCACAAGAAACCCACGCAAAACACCCAAGAAGCUCCAAUAGCAGUUCCUGUACAGAAAAAACCGAAGAUUGACGAAGAUAAGCCGAUGGAUACAGACCAGGAAGAAUCAGUUGAUGAAGAAGAAGAAGUUGAAGAUGAAAAGUCUGAGAAUGAAGGGGCAGCAAAAAAUCCGUCGCAGCAGGCAACGAAUCAGCCAACCGUGCCAACAAACCCAUCACCCGUCGCUGGUCCUGCUGAGCAAGGACAAAAACCCAACACACAAGAAAAUGAAAAUAACGAGUCAAAAGAAAAAGAACAGCAAAACACAGAGGACGAAGAAAAGCCUGGAGAGCAAGAAGGAGCAGAGGAGACACAAGGAGAAGAGACAUCACCACCUAAUGAGCCAACUGAAGGGCCAAUGAAACGACCCGAACAGGACCAGCAAAACCCAACGGUAAGCUCGCAGACAGAAGAAGGCAGCGAGGAAGAAGUUUCGCAAGAGGAUCAACAGAAGCAAGGAACGGAGACCAACAAUGAAGAAGAGCAAAGUAAUGAAGAAAACCCGGAGACACCUGCGACUGGACAACAAGAAACAGGACAGCAGUCGGGACCCGGCAGCGAAUUAGAAGAUCCAGAAGAAGACUUAAAGAAACCACAAUCAUCACCACAAUUGCCAACAGUAAAGCCAGAAGGCAAAACAACUCCAUCGCUCUCAGCACCAGCAAAUGGAGGCGAACAAGGAAAGGAAGAAACCGAAGAGGAAGAACCUGGAAAACCGGAGCCAUUGGGAGACGGGAAGAAACAAACAGACGGGGAGCAGCAACCAGAGCAACAAAAAAUAGGUGAAGAAGGAGAAGGAGAGGAAAACGACGGCCAGACACAAUUGGGUGAUCAACCAGCAAAACCAACAACAAAAGUGCCAUCAGAGGUUGCAAAACCAACGUUUGAACAACAAAAAGUUCCUGUUGCUGUCCCAACACCUAAAAAACCGACAGAAGAAUCUGAAAACGAGAAGGAAUCAGAUGAGAAACCGGAACAACCAAAGCCGGCAGAAGAGAAACUGUCAGAACACAAACCAACUACCCCAGUGAAACCAGAUAACAUUCAAAACAAACCACCGACGGCUGUGCCUGUUACUCAAAAGCCAACACCAACGACAAAAUCUCCAUCAAAGCCUUCCGGACAAGUAGCUGCAAAUGAAAAUGGACCGACCUCGAAACCGAACGAAAUUGAACCGGAACAACCAAUUGUGUUGCCUACAAAUAAAAUAGCUGUGCAGAUAACAACACCAACCACUGGGACGACAGCAACGACAAGACGACAGGAACCUACUACCGAAGCAACGACGACUCCUAAGCUACCGGGGAAUUGGCCACCGACCAAACCAGUAUCUAUUGGAACCAAGAAACAGAAAAAACGACCCUCAAGGAAAGGGAAGAAGCAUGGAAAAAGUCACAAGAAGAAGGGUAAAUCAAAAAAUAAGGGGAACAAGCCAUGGCUUAACAGAAUCCCAGUUGGCUUACCAAAGAAAAAAGAAAGACCUAAUGAGCACAAACAGGCACACAAACGUCAUCAGAAGAAGAAGGGGAAAAAGAAGAAGCACCAUAAGAAAAGACAUCACAAAGCAGCAUCCAGGGGGACGGUUAUCACAAAAAAUAUAAACAGGAUUUCGCAAAGUCCAAAUGCACCAUACAUUCAGCAUGGAGUUUCACAUACAUCUUCAAAGGCAAACGUUAAAACGGGCGGCUUUGGCAAAUGAAGACGAUAAUCGAUGAUCAUGAUAGCAACAUACAACAAUUACAACUUACAUACGCUUUAAAUUAUAUAAUUGACGACGCAAAUUAUUGGUGGCGUCUGUAAAUUAAACGCUUAAUUGAGCAAAUAAAUCUUCUUGGUUCAUUAUUUGAACCGUAUAAAAAUAAACAUCAUAAAAGAAUAA